GCGAACGCAGCUUCAGAGGCGGAAGUGCCGGUUUUCCGGUCAUGGCCCCGUUGCUUGUAUUGCUCCUGGCCGGGGUGGCACUUGCUUCUCGGGGUGACCGGGAGCCUGUGUACCGGGAAUGUGUCUCAGCCUGCGAGCAGAGGAACUGCACCGGGGCCGGACUGCAGGAUUUCCGGGCUGAGCAGCCCCUGUACAUGAGGAUGACUGGAUGGGUUUGCCUGGAUGACUGCAGGUAUCAGUGUAUGUGGGACACUGUGUCCCUGUAUAUCAGAGAAGGAUAUGCUGUGCCCCAAUUUCAUGGCAAGUGGCCGUUCUCCCGAUUCCUGUUUUUCCAGGAGCCAGCAUCUGCCCUGGCCUCCUUCCUUAAUGGCAUUGCAAUUCUUGUGAUGCUGAAGCGUUACCGAUCCUCGGUUCCCGCCACGUGCCCAAUGUACCAAACAUGCCUCAAUUUUGCUAUGGUCUCCAUAAAUGCCUGGUUCUGGUCCACCAUUUUCCACACCAGAGACACUGCGAUUACUGAGAAAAUGGACUACUUCUGUGCCUCGGCAGUCAUUCUGCACUCCAUCUACCUUUGCUGUAUGAGGACUCUAGGUCUUCGAUACCCUUCUGUUGCCAGUAUUUUUGGUGCUCUCCUGGUCCUUCUAUUUGCGUGCCAUGUAUCUUACUUGACCCUUGGACGGUUUGACUAUAGUUACAACAUGCUAGCAAAUGCUAGCUUUGGCAUGGUUAAUCUAGUGUGGUGGCUCGUAUGGUGCUUGAGGAGACAUUCUCACCAGCCUUACCUCUGGAAAUGUGUCCUGGUGGUUGUCUUGUUACAAAGCCUGGCGCUUCUGGAAUUACUAGAUUUCCCUCCUGUCCUGUGGGUACUGGAUGCCCAUGCCCUCUGGCAUUUCAGCACCAUCCCUCUAAACAUUCUUUUCUACAGUUUCUUGACGGAUGACAGCUUAUAUCUUCUGAAGGUGAACUCUGUACAGAAACUGGACUAGACUGGGAAGAAUUCCUGAAUUUGGGUCCUCCACUCUCUCGUGUGUCUCUCGUCUGCUGAAUCGGGAUUUGAAGUGGCCAUGAUAUACCAUUGUAUUUCCCUCUCCGAGAGUGGGAGUCUCUGAAGUGCCUUAUUGCUGUUGUGAAAGUGACUGUGACAUGAGUCUGGUACCCAGUGCAGUCAGUAUCCAUUUUCUGUGUGACUUAUCUCACGUCUGUCAUUGGAAUAUAUUUUGCCCACUGCUGUGACUUCAGGGUCUCACACCAGUCUUACAGGAAAUCUGCAGUAGAUGGCAGAUCUGUCAAGCUUGUCAUUGUCAUUUUUGCUUCUAAUAUACAAAUCUGCACUUUCUAUAUUAUUUUUAUAUAUAUAUAUGCCAGUUAUUUGGUAGACAGUACAUCAUAAUCUGUAAACUGGUAAAUCAACAAGGGGCAAGAAUGUACCGUAAUUGUCUUGCAUGUAUAUAUUUCAGUUAAAAUCUAAAGUUUACUUUUUGCUAUAUACAAAGUUAGAUCAUUGAAGGUCUAAACAGUGGGACCCCAACUGGUCAUGAAUACAUUUAUCACUUGCCCCCUGUUCUGUUAUCAGGCAGUGAGUAGAUGAAUGUAGCAGAGCCCGCUCAGCUCUUCUUGUAUCGCCAAUACACUGUAAUUUGCCCUGCAGCUUGAAUGGAUAAAUUUCACUUCUAUACAUCUUCUGGCCUCAUCAUAGAGAAUAGGUAACAUGGGGAACCAAUUCUUGUUAAUGAUGGAGAUCCCAAGGCUAGACCCCCGUAUGUAACAUUUAUCCCCUAUAUUGUAGGUAUAUAAUAAAUACCCUUUGGGAAAAGCCAGCAGCAGUGUAUAUGAUUUCUCAAUAUGUUUAAUCGGUGAUCGUUUCCUAAG